UACACUCCACACACACCUUUCACACACACUCAAAGGUCAGAGAGUCUGUUCCAGCUUCUGAAGGCAGUAUGAAGGUGUACAUUACGCUCUGCCUGAGCGUGUGCAUGUAUUUAUGCGAAGCUCUGGUGGAGAGUGAUUCUGAUGCGAUCAUCGAGGACAAAGAUGUUCUAGUGCUGACAAAAAGCAAUUUCGAAUGGGCUCUUAAACAGCACAACCAGCUAUUGGUCCAUUUCUAUGCGCCUCUUUCUGGCCAGUCCCUUGGCUCCAUCCUUGAGUUUAGAGAAGCAGCCGGUGCGCUGAAGGAAGCGGAGUCUGAUGUGAGACUUGGAGGAGUGGAUGUGAAAAAGGAAAAAGAUCUUGCUGCAUCCCUUAAUGUCACAACAAUACCAUCACUACGGCUGUACCUGUCUGGAAACAAGAACAAUCCAGUGUACUGUCCAGAUCUUAAGAGCUCUGCCACAAUCCUGACAUGGCUUAAAAGAAGAAAAGGGCCGAGUGCUAACAUCAUCAGUAAUCUCACACAGCUGGAAAAAUUCAUAGGAGAAGAGGAGCUUGUGGUGCUGGGAUUAUUUAAGGAUCUUGAGGAAGGCAUAGUGAAAGUGUUUUAUGAAACAGCCGCUGACAUCGCAGACCUGCCCUUUGGAGUAACAGGAAAUGAUGAGAUCUUCAGCAAGUAUGAGAUCAGUGGAGAUACCAUUCUCCUCAUCAGAAAGUCUAAACCUGACAAGCAGUUUGAGCUGGGAAGCAGCACAGUGAAGACAGAUCUUGUUCAGUUUAUCAGACUGUAUGAGAUGGAACUUGUGACUGAGUACAAUGGCGAGACAGCAUCCAAGAUCCUGAACUCAGUGGUGCUGAACCAUUUUCUUCUGUUUAUUAAUAAGACUGAGGAAGGAUUUGAAGAGACAUACCUUGCUUUUAAAACCACUGCGGAAAAACUCAGAGGGAAGGUUCUGUUUGUGAUGAUUGAUGUGAGUGAGCCACGGAAUGGCCGUGUUAUGGAGUAUUUCCGUGUGAGAUCAGAAGAAGUGCCUCAGAUACGUAUGGUCAAUUUAUCAGACCACGUUCAAUACCAGCUGCCAUCUGAUAAGUUUGACACACAGACUCUUUUAGAGUUCUGCCUACAAUACCUGGAUGGGAAAGCAAAGCCUAAACUGCAGAGUGAGUCAAUUCCUGAAAACUGGGACACACAGCCAGUGAAAGAGCUGGUUGGGAUGAACUUUGAAAUAGUGGCCUUCAACCAUAACAAAAAUGUCAUUGUCUUGUUCUAUGCACCUUGGAGCAUCGGAAGUCGUGCACUGUUUCCAUUGUGGGAAGAGCUUGCUGAACACUUUCGUGAAAAUGAAGAUGUUGUUGUUGCCAAGAUUGAUGUUACUGCAAACGAUGUAAACAUUCAUCUAAGAGAAAAAUACCCAUCAAUCAAAUUAUUUCCUGCUGUUUAUUCAGAGAGGGUAGUGCCAUAUUCUGGCAAGAGGAAGCUGAAGCCUAUUGUAACAUUUAUGAAAAAAGAGACUGAAAAAGCCAAAACAGACAAAGUCAAGGAGGAGGAACGGAGGAAGAAAUAUCUGAAUGAACAGAAGGCUGCUGUGAAAGAGGAACUCUAAUCACUCACUGAAUUUACAAAAGGGAAAAAAACAGACACCCUCAAGCAUUCAAACUCAGGC